UUGUUUUUCGUCUUUAAUAUUUACAGACCUGAGAGAAAGAGGGAAGAACAGAGGCAAACGAAGAGACAUCUGCGAAAUUUGCCGCCAAUUCGUAUCAAUUCGACCAGCUUUGGUUUUGUAGGUAUGGAAAAUGUGGUUGCAACUGUUAGUGGUUAUCAUGGCGCUGAGAGGUUCAAGCUCAUCAAGCUUAUCUCCCAUUCUGGAGCGAGUUAUGUAGGGGCAAUGUCAAGAUCCAUUACACAUUUGGUGUGUUGGAAAUUCGAGGGCAAAAAGUACGAUCUUGCUAAGAAAUUUGAUAUAAAAGUUGUAAAUCAUCAAUGGGUGGAAGAAUGCAUUAGGGAAGGGAGACGAGUCCCCGAGGCGCCUUACAUGUCUGAAAGUGGGGAAGAGGUUGGACCUUUGAUGAUUGAACUUCCUGAGGAAACUAAAGUUACUAAGAAAGUGAAUAAGGCUGCUGACACUUUUGAUAAAUACUUUGGUAAUGGUCAAGAAAGCAGGACUGGAUCCACUUCUGAGCUUGCCACUUGGAUGGACUCUGUCUUGUUGAAAGAGAAAAAUACAGUAUCAAACAGACACUCAGUGCGAUUAAGAACAAAGAGGCCGAGCAAUAUUUUUGAAGACAAGGAAAACACAAGCGUGGCGGAAUCUUCAGGGAAAGGAAAGAGGCGGUUAGUAAAGAAACGUUCUUACAGAAACCUUAUCGACCUUGAAUCUGAUGAUGACUGUCUUGACAAUUCUGAUGAGAACCGAAACAAGACUCAGGAUCCUAGAGAGCCUAAUGAUGAAAAUGUGAGGGAAUGGGUUUUAGAACCAGGAGAAACAUCAGCUCUUCCACAUACUGGAGGCUCUGAAAUACAAAACUGGGAUGUAGAUGAAAUAGAGGAGUCUGAGCAUUGGAAUCACACAGCUGUUUUUAAACGCCCGAAAACAUCUAGCGCAGAGAGAAAACCGCAAGAUGAUGAAUUAAACUUCGACAAACCCGAUUCACGAGAAGAAGAGACAGAAGCAUCUAAGAUGGUUUCCGCGCAGGUUUCUUGUAUCAUAUGCUGGACCGAGUUCAGUUCCACUAGAGGCAUUCUCCCUUGUGGCCACAGGUUUUGUUAUUCAUGCAUCCAGACAUGGGUAGACCGUUUGGUUUCAGAAAGAAAGAAGACAACAUGUCCAUUGUGCAAGUCCAGCUUCAUCACCAUCACAAAGAUAGAAGACGCUGGAUCUUCCGAUCAAAAUAUAUAUUCACAAACAGUCCCUGACCCAUCUUCAACAAACAACACUCUUGUAGUACUCCCUGAAGAAGAUAGACAAGGUUUCAAUCCACUGUCUCGAGCCUCAGCUUGCAGCAGAUGUUACCUCAGUGAGCCAGAGGAUCUUCUCAUCAGAUGCCACCUCUGCAAUCUCCGGCGAAUACAUACAUAUUGUUUAGACCCUUAUCUGGUUCCUUGGACCUGCAACCAUUGCAAUGAUCUUCAGAUGCUUUACCAGCGUCGUGCAUACUAG